AUGGGCAACACACUCAGUUGGCUAAGCAACCAAGCGGCUUACCCCACGGACCGCCGCACUAUCCUUCCCACCGGGCUCGAAACGCCGAGAACGUGCGGCUGGACGAGGGGCCUCACCCGGUUCUACUGGCGGACUAUCGCGAUGACACUACACACCAACGCAGCGAAACACCGGUUGGACGGCCGUUGGGGUCCGCACUGCCGACUCUGCUAUGAAAACCCGCGCGACACGGUCGGCCACCGUUGGGAUCUCGGCACCGACAUGCUCGGAAUCCGCACAUAUACCCACCACGGAUGGCUCAAGAAAUGGCAAUUACGUUCGAUUUACCACUGGCCGAGGCAUGGCACGAAAAUGAACGGCAACGGCCCACCCACGCUUCCGUUCGCCGGUAGCUCCACCUGCCAACUUCUUUCCCAAGUACGGUGGGAAAACAUGCAACUCCCCGCCGGCCAAUACGGGUACAUCACACCACGAUGGCUGGGCCGUACCGCGCUAUCCGUGCAACCCCUUCUGGCACCUCGCGAGAUAUGA